UGAAAUGGAAAUAUCUGGGAGUACAGGUUUUGAAGAGGUAGUGCAAAAGGAGAGUGAGGUUACUUUAACUUCUGAAGAAUAUGAGGCACUCACUGAGAUGAUUCAAGAUGAAGCAAACUUUGCCAUAUACUCUUUUAAGGUUAUAGAAAGAAUGAAGGAAAUCAUGAAUGAAGCCGUGAAGAAAACUUUUAUGGAAAUAACCAAGCCAAGCAUUAUUCUACCAUGCACUGAAGAUCUCGAAUAUAGGCCUCUUAAAGUUUAUGAAGAUGGGAGAAAAUACUUUGGACAAUGGGAUAAAAUUACCAAUCAAAGAGAAGGAAUGGGAAUAUCCAUCAAUUCCAAUGAACAAGUAGCCAUGGGUAAAUUUACACAAGACGAAUUUACUGGGAAAGGUCUCUACAUCUACUCAAAUGGCUCGUACUACGAAGGAGACCUCAAAAACAGAUAUGCAGAUGGCUUUGGAAAAAUUGUAUCAGUAAAGGGAUAUACGUACGAAGGCCAAUGGGAAAAUGAUCAGAGAAACGGCUUUGGAAUUUUAAAAACCACUGAAGGAGAAGUGUACGAAGGUAAUUUCGUCAAUCACUGCAGAGAAGGCUAUGGCAAAUUUUUAGAAGAGGAUGGAGAGUAUUAUGAAGGAGAGUUUAAAGAGAGCAUGAAACAUGGAUACGGAGUUAGUACUUUGAAAGAAGGAACUGAGAUUUUCUGAGAGUUUUCUGAGGAUGAGAUUAAUGGAGUAUCUUCAAUAAUCAAACCUGAUGGAUCAAUGUUUUAUGGAGAAUGGGACAGAGGCGAAAUAAUUAAUGGAAUUUACACUGACCCAAAGGGAAAAGAAAUGAAAGUUCCUGAUGAAGUUCAUCCAUUCGAAAUAUGAGAAAUUUUUGAGAUUAUUCAAAUUGUCCAUUAA